CCUCGCCGCGGACCCGACUGCGCGCGCGCGCCCCUGAGUCGGCCCCACUGCGCGCGCGCGCGCGAGCCGAGGCCGCUGUGGUUUGGGUCCCGGGCCCGCGCGCGGGGGGUCGGGGUUGGGGGACCUCCCCGUGCUGCCGGUCCUGCCACGGCUCGUGUGGGGCACGGAAGGGGCGGCCGGGCGGACUCGGCCUCGCGCCCUCCGCGCCCUCCGCGCCCUCCGCGCCCUCCGCGCCCUCCGCGCCCUCCGCGCCGGUCGCCCCCGGUUCCUCUCGGCGAAACCCGAGCGCGCGUCCGACGCGGGGCCGCGUGACACGCACCUGUCGGGGCGGGCGGCGCCUGCGGAAGAGGAUGCGCGGGGCCGCGGCCUGGCCCGAGCCCGGCCCGCAGUGUCGCGCGCCCCGCGCCGCCGCCGAUCUUGCCCGGAGAAGCGGCCGGCUCCGACGGGCCCGAUGAAUGAUGGAUGGCGGACAGACUUUGAGCUUAUGAGGCUAAUCUUUUGGCCCCCUGGCUGUUGGAAGAUGCUCACAGUGGCAGUGUGCAUGGCCUUUCUGGCUUGCCUGCAGGCUCAGGAGCUCCAGGGCCAUGUCUCCAUAAUCCUGCUGGGAGCAACUGGGGACCUGGCCAAAAAAUACUUAUGGCAGGGACUAUUCCAGCUGUACCUGGAUGAAGUGGGGAAGGGCUACAGUUUCAGCUUCCAUGGGGCUGCUCUGACCUCCACCAAGCAGGGCCAAGAGUUAAUCGCCAAGGUCCUGGAGUCCCUCUCCUGCCCUGAGGACAUGGAGCCUGGGCGCUGUGCCGAACUCAAGGGCCAGUUCCAGCGGCUGAGCCAGUACCGCCACCUGAAAACAAAUGAGGACUACAUGGCCCUGAGCAAGGACAUUGAGGCACAGCUCCAACAUGAAGGCCUUCAGGAGGCUGGCAGGAUUUUCUACUUUUCAGUGCCACCCUUCGCCUAUGCGGAUAUUGCUCGUAGCAUCAACAGCAGCUGCCGCCCAGGCCCGGGCGCCUGGCUGCGGGUUGUCCUGGAGAAACCCUUUGGCCAUGACUACGUCUCUGCCCAGCAGCUGGCCACAGAGCUCGGGAGCUUUUUCCAAGAGGAGGAGAUGUAUCGGGUGGACCACUACCUGGGCAAGCAGGCCGUGGCUCAGAUCCUGCCUUUCCGAGACCAGAACCGCAAGGCUCUAGAUGGCCUCUGGAACCGGCACCAUGUGGAGCGGGUGGAGAUCAUCAUGAAGGAGACAGUGGAUGCAGAAGGCCGCACCAGCUUCUAUGAGGAGUAUGGUGUCAUCCGAGAUGUGCUCCAGAACCACCUGACAGAGGUCCUCACCCUCGUGGCUAUGGAGCUACCCUACAACAUCAGCAGCUCCACGGCUGUGCUGCAGCACAAGCUGCAAGCCUUCCAAGCUCUGCGGGGCCUGCAGAAGGGCAGUGCUGUCCUGGGCCAGUACCAGGCGUACAGCACGCAGGUGCGCAGAGAGCAGCAAAAGCCAGACAGCUUCUACAGCCUGACGCCAACCUUCGCAGGCAUCCUUGUUCACGUGGACAACCUUCGCUGGGAGGGCGUCCCUUUCAUCUUGAUGUCUGGCAAAGCCUUGGAUGAGAGAGUGGGCUACAUUCGGAUCUUGUUUAGGAACCAGGCUUACUGUGUCCAGAAUGAGAAGCGCUGGGUGGUGGACCAGAGCCAGUGCCUGCCUCGACAGAUCAUCUUCUACAUUGGACAUGGUGAGCUGGGCAGCCCUGCCGUGCUGGUCAGUCGGAACCUGUUCAGACCCUCCCUGCCCUCCAAGAGCUGGAAGGAAGUGGAGGGCCGACCCGGGCUCCACCUUUUCGGCCGCCCUAUCUCUGAUUACUAUGCCUACAGCCCCGUGAGGGAGCAGGAUGCCUAUUCUGUCCUCAUAUCUCAUAUCUUCCACGGCCGAAAGGACUCCUUCAUCACCACGGAGAACUUGCUGGCCUCCUGGGUCUUCUGGACACCCUUGCUGGACAGCCUGGCCCAAGAGGUCCCACGCCUCUACCCAGGAGGAGCUGAGAAUGGGUACCUGUUGGACUUUGAGCUCAGUGGCGCCCAGCUGCGCUUUUGCCAGCAGCAGCUGGAGCAGCUGGUGCCUGGGCCAGGUUCUGCUCCAAUGCCCAGUAACUUCCAGGUUCUUACGGCCAAGUACCGGGAAAGCCCCCUGAUCUCGGCCUGGCCUGAGGAGCUGAUCUCUAAGCUGGCCGAUGACAUCGAGGCCACAGCUGUGCGGGCCGUACGGCGGUUUGGCGAGUUCCAUCUGGCACUCUCUGGUGGCUCAAGCCCUGUGCCCCUGUUGGAGCAGCUGGCCACUGGGCACUUUGGCUUCCCCUGGGCCCAGACGCAUCUGUGGCUGGUGGAUGAGCGCUGUGUCCCACUUUGGGAUCCUGAGUCAAACUUCCAGGGCCUGCAGGCUCACCUGCUGCGGUACAUCAGGGUCCCCUACUACAAUAUCCACCCCAUGCCUGUGCAUCUGCACCAGCGGCUCUGUGCUGAGGAGGACCAGGGGGCCCAGAUGUAUGCCAGCGAGAUCUCAGCCCUGGUGGCCAACAGCAGCUUUGACCUGGUGCUGCUGGGCAUGGGCACGGACGGGCACACAGCCUCCCUCUUCCCACAGUCCCCUACUGGCCUAGAUGGCACACAGCCAGUAGUGCUGACCAGGAGCCCCUACAAGCCACACCAGCGCAUGAGCCUUAGCCUGCCCCUCAUCAACCGUGCCAGGAAGGUGGCAGUCCUGGUCAUGGGCAGAGUGAAGCGUGAGAUCACCAUGCUGGUGAGCCGCGCAGGCCAUGAGCCCAAGAAGUGGCCCAUUUCAGGUGUCCUGCCUAGUUCUGGCCAGCUGGUUUGGUAUAUGGACUAUGAGGCAUUUCUGGGGUGAUGGUACCUUUGGCCUUUGCUCACUCCCAUGCUUGCUUUCCCCUGUACUGCCCCCUUCCUCUUCAUCCCACCACCUGCCCCGGCUCUCUGGAACCCGAUGCCUCAGGGUUAAGCCCCAGAGAGGAAAGGAUGAGGCCUUAUCCCAGUCCCUUUGACAGUCUGUAUCUAGUUGUGGUGGGUAGGCACAGACAUAAGGAAGAAGUGGAGUCUCUGCUCUUGAGAACUUCCAGUCCAAGUUAGGAGAGAAGUAGCCCCCUUAAGAACAUAGCUGUAGCAGUUACACAUUAAUACCAGCCAGCACAAAUAGGACACUGUGAAAGCUCCCAACUUCAAUAGCAAUACAAUGGCUAGGAUUAAUUAGAGAAGGCUUCCUGGAAGGGGUGAUCCUUGAACAGGCUCCUGUGCAAAAGAAAAAUAUGGAUGAUAGAAGGGAGCACAGGUGUUCAUCAGGUACAGAGCCCAUGCAAAGCAGGGUGCUAGAAACUGUUCAGAGACCUUGAGUUGGCUGAGUCCCUAUUUCUCCCAUCUAUUCCCUUCUUUCUGAGACUUUGACAUUUAGUCUACUGUCCUGGCCUCUUUGUGGCUGCCUCCUGCUCUGUCUCUGUGCUGACUCUCAGACAGAUGAAGGAUGGUAGUAGUAACACAGCAACAGAUAACUAGGAAGUUAAAAGGCCCCAGAAAUCUCACAACUGGUAUUUGGAGCUUCCUUUCUCAGUAGAUGAACAGCUCUGCGUGGGGGAGGCCCCUGCCCACUCCCCCUUCUCUAGCCAACCCCCUCGUGAUACACAGUGGGCAUAGACGAUUCGGCCAUUCCAGGGGUCCCUCAAUCAAGAGGGUCCUUUGCACCUCAGGGGACUUCCGGUGGGUGUAUACUCUCAGUAUACCCUCUCACUUUACCAGGAAAUUCGGUUGAGUCUUUCUGUGAUGGGACACAUCAUUUGUGGGGAGAGAUGUGAUGUCAAGUGGUCCAGACCCUCCAGGUGCUCUGAUCUCUCCAGACAGGAGCCAGGCCUCCUCCACAGGCCAGGUGGCUCCUAGGCCGCACUGGCUACCCACCAGCUUCUCAGGAAUGUGGCCAGUUUGCAGCCUUCGGGGGACAAGUGGCAGUCUACCUUCCUCGCUACCCCUCGGGGACACGGAGCCUGCCUACUUGCUAUCUGCUGGCCCCUCCUGCCACCUCUUAUGUCACUGCCAACACUGCUGACCACCUAGGGAACAAUAGAUAGCUUCUGUUUGGAGCAGGUUGGGUCCUCUGUUCUUGAUUAGUGCUGGGCCAGUACUAGUGUGUGGAAGGUCCCUCUGAAAAUCUUUUUUAAAAUAUUCUCACUAAUUAUUAUUUCAACUUCCCACAUCAUGCUCCCCAGACAUUACCGUAAAGGAAUAAGACCAAUCAUUCUGUGUGACUGCUCUCUUGUUGUAAAGUCACACUUUGUGUCAGGUGUUGGUGUCACCCCGAGGGCUUUCGUGAGAAGGAGCAUCGCAAAGUGUAUUUCUCUGCUUUUGAUUGUUUACACUUUCUUCAAGGCAAUGGAUUUCAAAGAAUUCUGGCUUUCAUUUGAGACGCGUGCAUGUGAAUUGGGUGCCCGAGUGGGGGUUCUCUAUGUGAAAGGCACUGGUGUUAAAAGUCCCUGGCGUCCUCUGACCCGUCUGGACAGGACAUCUCCUUACACCAAGAGAGCUAACCUCAGAAAAGCGGAACCUCACUGCUGGGUCUGGAUGUCUGUCUGUCUCUCUCUUUCUCUCUGGGGGUCCGCAUUUUAGGGUUUUUUGGUUUGUUUUUUUGUUUUUGUUUUUGCAUCUGGUGGGCCGUGCUCCUGAGGGGACGCAGGUGGUUGCAGGCCGGGUGGUGCCACCUGUGGCCGCGUGGGGGCGCUCUUGCACCGCCCCGGCCCUCCGGGCGUGGCCGGCAGAGGAGCCUUCAUCAGGGGAGUGAAGAGGACCAGGCCUGGGGCUACACACCCUGCUUGCCCUGCUCACUUGGUCUCAUCUACCCUCUCAACCAACCCUGAGGAAAGGGGUGCAGUCUUUUUUCUGGAUGACAUUGAACCUGAACCUGUCUGUUGACAGCAGGCCUGGGUGCCAGCGCUGUCCUGCCCCCUCCUUCCCAGGGGGCUCUUGUUGCUCAAAAGGGGCGCUUCCAAGGUGGUCGCAAGCCUGCAUGCCCUUGGGGUCCUGGAAGAGGCCCAGGGCCCCUCCACAGCAAAUGAGCAUCUCUAGAGCAAGCACGGUACUAUUUGUUGUGUGGAAUGAACUAGGGACUUUCCAGGCUGUUGUAAACUAGAUUGUGGUUCUGAUCUGGGAGCAGUUUUCUGCUAAGCAAGUGAAAAAAUGGUGCCUUGUUGACCUUCCUGCUGCUUGUUUCUCUGCAGACAGUGCUUUAUUCCCGCUCUUGGGCCUCCAGGUGCGAAGAAUCAAAGCUCGCUGCCAGCAAACUGAUGGUUCAGGAUGCCCCUCUGGGGCGUCCUCCCCCAAGUACAGGCUUCUGGCCCCAGGCCCAGAGCUUGCUCCUGCUCUGCCUUGCUCCCUCCUUCCCCGUUUGUACAGAGCUGAGGGCAGUGUGACAGAGGAGGGAAGAAGCUUCCACCAGGCCUUAAGGGGCAGUUUCCCGCAAUUUAGUUUUCAGGAACAAAAAAAAAAAAAUUUUUUUUCCGACAAAAAUACACGCAGCCUCACAUAAGCAGACUCAGCAUCAGUUGUAUCCAGUUAGGCUUUUAUCCUGAGCAGACAGGACCCUGCAGAACUUUCUCCACUUGUAGAGAAGCUGCCUUGCAUGUUCUCAAAUGAACCAGGCACAGGAAAGACUGGUAAUGCCCGUGAUGGCCCGCCAGCACCAUCCGCAGCUGCCUGCCCCUCGAAAGGUAGACCCCAGGGGGGCAAGGGCCUGAAGAGGGCUGCUGCCCACCCCCCACCCCCAUGUCACCAGACCGGUGUCAGGCCGUCCCCUGCUGUCAGCAUCCUGACCUGAAGACCUUGUUGCUUGCACCCCUCCUAUACCUCCCACCACUGCUCUGCUGGGCCUGUGGACCAGUCUGCAGCCCAUGCUGGUGGCGCCUGGGGGGCUGCUCGCUUUGUUCAGGUGACCUCCCCUCGAGGAAGAGGGGACUUUGUCCAGCCUAACCAGCAUCUGGCAGCCGAUGGGAACCUGAGGGGGUGUCUAGGCAGAUAAACGGGAAAAAAUGGGCUCAGUUGGUUCUCCCAGUUCUCAGAGGCUCUGGGCAUUUGAGUUCUAGCAACGGGUGUCGCCUGGUUGCAAGCGUGGAUUGGUUCCUGCCUGAGUCCUGCCUGCCCUCUCUUCCCUCGGCUCACCGGCAGGUCACCCGAGCCACAGGCUCUGCGGCCCAGCGUCCAUCUCGUGUUUCUGGCUAUGGGGUGCCCUGUGCCCCACGCUGUGCAGUCUCAGUACGAAGCCACAGUCCCUGGGUGCCCUAUCAGCACUAGAGCAGAUCGCUGCCCCCCUUCAGAGCAGCCUUCGCUCCACACAGGUCUCCACCGGGUGGAGCAAGCGGGAACCCAGGCCAGCAUGUUUUCUGGGGACACACAGUAGCAGAUGUCUUCCCUAGAAGCGAUGCUCUGGCCUCCCUCCGCUCCCCCCUGCCCAGCCAACAGCUCUGGGUGGUCUUUGAGCACGACUUCCACAGCUCAUCACUAAAUGAGGUACAAGUUCAUUAGCACUGUCACCAGCAUGAGACAGAAGUGGCAGGAUUUGAGGCCUUUCUGAAAUUAUAGCACACCAGGAAACCUACCUCCCCAGCCAGCUUCUGGUCGCUUCUGUUUGCAAAGCAGAUCCCUGGGGUUGCAUUUGUGUGUGACCUGAAGGUGAGAUAGGGUGUAGGUCUAGGUGAAUUAUGCUUCCACUUGUUUGUUGAUUCCCAAGGAUGGUCUUUGUCUAAGCCUCUUGCCCUGCUCUCAGGUGCUUUACAGCGCGUCUCUGCAUCUCUUCUGUCCCUCAGGUGUAGGGCCAGGUAAACAUGUUUGCAUUUGCUCAGAGCCCAGUGGAGCAUAUUGGCUAGUCGUUUGCUUUGAAAGUGGAAGUGCAAACAGACACUACAUAAAUUUGUCGGUUUGGGUCUUUAGCCUUACCGCUACGGAAGUCUAGGAAGGUCAGUUAGAACAUGUCACAAGAUACAUAACUGGGAAAGGAAAGGACCCUGGGUUAGCUCCAGACCAGGGCCCAGGGUGCAUCCAGCUGUCUGAGGUGUGACCUGUGCAGUCUGCUCCUCCAGGCCCCACAACCAGCAGGGCCUCCACUGGGCCCAAGGGUGGUGCUGCCCCGGCCUGAGUGCAGAGCCUUCAGCCGGAAGGCCGUGCUGGUCCGGUGCCUGCAGGAGACCUAGACAGGGGUGUGGCGGUGUGGGGGUGGCCAGUGUGGAAACCAGGGUCUGUUACAAUCAGGGCCGUGCCGGGCCUUCUCUGUCCCAUGCUGGGACACUCCAUCCUGGGCUUCUAGCGAGCAGAGAGACAGGGAAGCUCCUUUCUCAGAGGGACCAUGUCCCUUAUGUGGCCGGGCGACAGUAGGCAUGAAAACUGCUCUCUGCCAGGCAGCAGGAAUGUGCCUUGUUUUCUCACGCAGAGAAACUGCCCCUGGUUUUUAUGGAAGUGGUGAACACUCAAAGAUGUCUCAGACCAUGAGACACAUUCAGAAUGGAGUUUUUAAAAAGACUUUUUGUAUGUCAAAUGUAACAUUUAUUUUUUAAACAAUAAAAUUGUUUUGCCACA